CAAAGCCACUCCUUACGUUUGACCCUCCCUUGUCUUUUCUUGAUCAGUUGGAUUACCAGUCCCUUUUACUCUUCAUUUUUUUCACGACAUACGGAAAAAACGAUAACGACGAUCACGAUGCUCGGUUACUUUGCUGCUCUCGCGCUUGCCCUUCCCGCCCUCGCCCAGUCUGCCUCCAACGGCUCUGCCUCCGCCGUCGAUAUUGAGGGCUUGCAAGCAAACUUCCAACAGGCCGAACUUACGCCCCAAUUGCUCGAAACUUUUGAGCCUGAGGCUCUUUUGAGCGUUACUUUCGGUAGCACCGCUAUCUCUACCGGUGAUACGCUCGACCAGGAUGCCGUCUCUUCUUCUCCCACUCUUGCCGUCUCCCCCGCUUCCAACGCUACUCUUGAAUCGGGUCAGCUCUACACCGUCGUGAUGGUCGAUGCCGACAUUGUUGGAACCGACGAAUCUACCACGGAGCAGACUCGGCACUGGCUCGUCAACUCUGCUAGUCUUUCCACCGACUCGGCCCCUUACGCUGUCAACUGGACCGGUUCUACCUCUAUUACCGAUUAUGCCGGUCCCGGUCCCGCCUCUGGCAGUGGCUCUCACCGAUACGUAAUCAUCGUCUACGCUCAGCCCGAUACUUUCUCUCCUCCCGCCAACCUUUCUCAAGCCGGUACCCCCCUCAGUACAAUGUCUCUCUCUAGCUACGUCUCUGAAAGUGGUCUAGGAAACUUAAUCACUGCCAACUACUUCCAAGUCGAGAAUGGCGAGGCUACCGUCACUGUAUCUUCCACUAGCGCUGUUGACUCUUCUACCCUUGCCGGCUACCUCUCUACUACUGCUGCCUCUUCCGCUUCCAGCGCUGCUUCCGGAACUGCUUCCGGAGCAGCCUCCAACUCUGCUGCUACCUCUGCUACUGACUCUUCUGCCACUUCCGCUUCUUCCGCCCCUGCUUCCAGCGACUCCUCUAGCAGGGCUUUGAGGUCCGAAAUGGGCUUUGGUAUGGUUGUUGGCGUUGUCGGUGUUGUGGGCGCUGUUUUGGGUGCCGGUAUGGUCUAAGAGUUUUGGCGUGUAAAGAUACAAAGUGAUCGGGGUUGAUCUGUGUCAUGAAAGGACAAUUCACAUUGUGCAUGCAUAUCACUG